AUGGUGCUCCACAUCCCCGGCGAGAUCCUGAUUCAUACAUUGCGCCAUCUCAUCCCUCCUCUAUAUGUACCUUCUACGAGUGCAAGACGACCUUUUGAAGAAGAAGAAAGUCAAACCUUGAAACUUUAUCGAUCACUACGCCCAAAGGACUUAUCCUCCCUUAGUCGAGUAAGCCGACGAUUGUAUCAUAUCGCUCAGCCUCUACUCUACCAUACCAUCAACCUUAUCUACGAAACGACGAAUGGACCAAAUCAGCAUGAGUGGCCUAGUCUUCUCCUCAGAACAAUAACAAAACACCCACAUCUCGCGAAGCACAUCCGCUUCCUAGCCAUUACAAGUUCUGUAUCGACAGCGGACUGGUCAACGAUCGGCUUCCCUUGGGACGUCCCGUACACUCUGCGACGUACAUUGGAACCAGAACUAAAAGGAAACCACGCGGGUCCUAUUGCACUUCUAUUAUACGCUACUAUGAUUAAGAAACUUAUUCUUCUCUCCAAUGACCCCGAAGAUAUAUGGAACUACAUGAUCAUAACAUCAUGGCGUCCACAGGGAAACCCGCCAUAUAUGUGGGUUGAGCCUAAUAUAGAUCUUACUCCUAAGCUUGGGCCUUUUGCCAAUCAUGGCCAUGCCUAUCUAAAAGAUCUCCAUUUAGAGGCUGAUGGGGAAGAAUGGUCCCUGACUGAUCGUGUCCUUGCGGAUAUUAUCAACAAACCAGGUCUUUCUACUCUUUCAAUCAAUGGUGGAUUUAAGGCUUUAGAUUUCUUCAAUAACGAGCUUCCUGCACAUUUACUACCUGAAGACUGGCCGCCCAGUCUAGAAGUCAUCAGACUUACAAACUGUUACGUCGACACCCGUAGUUUUGAAUACAUUCUUCGACACUGCCCCAAGCUCAUUGUUCUUAGUAUUCAUUUGGCGAAGGCGAAAUGGACGAUUGAGGGACAAUCAUUCAUUCCUGCUGCCUCUGUCUCCUGGGCUCUGAAUCUUGAACAGAUGGGGCAGGCUCUACGAAACUACGGGGGUAAUAUCACCACUCUCCAUCUUGACUUCUCUCAGUAUAAGUUGACACAUACACCAAUUGGGCGAAUUGGGCCUGUAUCUAGCAUGACAAGCCUCCGCCAUCUGCAGUGCUAUAGGAAUGACUUGAUCAUCACUCAAGGCUUGAAUUCGGGCGGUUUCAUUGCAAAUACAUCAUUGGAGCAUUGUGAUCUGCCUCUGGAGAGUGUCCUUCCACCAUCACUCGCAACUCUUGACAUUCGCUAUGAGCAAUACUGUGUUCCAUCGUCGACUCUGCUAUCGCCCCCAAGAGACAUUUUAUCAACAGAGAUAGAGAGUAUCCUAUCCAGUGGGCGUCUCCAGUCUCUGCGACAAAUCCGGGUUCAAAUACAUCACUUUGAUUCUCCAGAUUCGGGUUCCACAGAUUCUGUUUUUCUAUAUUCUGGUUCCUCGGAAUUCGAUUCUGCAGACUCGGAUGCUUCAGAUGAACUGAUCCUGUUUCAAACCAAAAUCCCUGGUUGGUCCUUUGAGUCCAAGAGAACCCUGCGCAAGGUUCAGAAUGGUUUUAUUGAGUAUAUGUCUAUGGAUAGAACAGGGGUUUUAGAAGUAUUUCAUGGUUAA